AUGACACUCUUGAAUCUUUCCAAUCCUUUCCAAAAUACGAAUAUAAGCGUUUCUCCAACAGCUGCAACUUCUUCGACCACAAAUAUCAAUUCCAAACACCAACAACAGCAACCAUACAAUUUAAAUAAUAGAGCAAGUACAAAUAGAGGAAUGAUGAAUGGUUCGAGUCAUGCAACUCAACCCAAUAACAUGAUGCUUUUGAUGAAUCAAAUGCAAGUACAAUCUCAACAACAACAGCAACAGGCAUCCAUGAAUCAAAUGCAGACCCAACCAUUUACUAUGCCUGGCACUCUUAAUUCUACAUUAAUGAAUGGAAGUAUGAACCACAAGUACCAUCCUAUUCCAAACAAUAAUCAUCAAAUGAUUCCUAAUGCUACAACCACCACAGCGACUACACCAACAACGAACGGAUAUCACAUGAAUUUAGCGUCUUUACCAGACUACUUGACCAUGUUGAGAAAUAUUUGUAAAUCAGACGAUGACAUUGCUGAGCUGUUUCAAAGUAUUCAACUCCAACUUCAAGAACAGAAAGAUUUAAAUUUUGUGAUUGAGGGUUUUAGGCUGGGAUUUUUAUGUGGCUUACGCACCCUAGAUAAGAACAAGCAAACAACACAAAUGUAA